UCCUUCUCGCGCCACGCCAAAACAUAACAAAACUACAAAAACUAAAAAGCAGAAAACUUUUAAAAUCAAAACACAAAAAUCCAUCAACGCCGCUUCCAUCUCAUAUACCUCUCCCCAAAAUCAUAAUCAAAAUUAGGGAUUUUAAUCGAAAUAAGGAUUUCGAAAUUCGAUUGAAAUCUUAGGGCAAUGCAGUCGAAUUGCUGCCAUGUUUCGUUUGCUUUUGUUCUCAAGUUCUUGAAUUUUCUCCAAGGGUUUAUUGGAGUUUCCAUCAUACUCUAUUCCAUAUGGAUGUUGGAUCAAUGGAACCAUCAGGUCCCCAAUUUUCCUCCUCCUUCGGCUCCCUCGCCGGACUCGUCACUUUCUGCUCUCGCUAUUUCAAGACCGGAGGUUGGAGCUCAAGCAGCUGGGGUUCUCGACGGCUUUGCUGUCGGUUUGGUUUCUGAGGUGGAUAAUGGGGUCGGGUUUGACUUGAGCUCCGUCAAGCUACCUGCUCCUUGGUUCAUAUAUUCUUUCAUGGGAGUGGGCAUUGUGCUAUGUUGCAUUACUCUCAUUGGUUGCAUAGCUGCUGAAUCUAUUAAUGGCUGCUGCCUUUGCUUCUACACACUCCUAAAAAUUGUUCUCAUUCUAAUAGAAGCUGCUUUGGUGGCAUUUAUUGCAAUUGACCGUAGCUGGGAGAAGGAUAUUCCAUUUGACCCAACUGGAGAACUUGAUACCCUUCAAUGCUUCAUUGAAGACAACAUUGAUAUAUGUAAAUGGGUUGGAAUCAGUGUGGUCAUAAUUCAGGCAUUGGCUUUGCUAGUGGCAAUAAUUUUGCGGGCAAUGGUAUCCUCUAGAAGAAUGGGCAUAGACGAUGAAUAUGAUUAUGAAAGUAUUAGAGGCCCCCUCCUAAACCCUCAAUCUAGCCACACAUCUGCUACAUCCAAGGGUGAUGGCAGAGAACCACACUCUGAUAUCUGGGGAUCACGAAUAAGAGAAAAGUAUGGACUGAACAGUGAUGAUAGAUCCAACGGUCCUGAUAAAUACAGUCUACUAAACCAGAAUGCAUCUGCAAGUAUGAAGUCCAAGUAGAACAAUAACAAAAAAGAAUGGUCCAUGACCAUCUCAUAGGCAGAUGUGUCCCUUGUAUCUUGAACUGAGCAAGUACAUAUCUUUGCAAGUAUGAAGUCCUUUUACUCUCUACUUUUUGUGGAGGAAGUUAGAUGUAUAUAGGUCUUUCCAAUUGCACCUAUGGAAUGAUUGUCCUAACUGAAUGUGGUGAUAAUGGCAUUCUCUAUAAACGAGAAGUUCGUUGUUUGUAAUACUGUAUUAUGAUCGUCAUUAAACCGAAUUGUCAGAGUGAAUGUACUAUUCCUAAACAGCUCAACUUAUAAUAUAGUGCAGUUGAUUUAAGUUU